AUGGCCAAAUUCGUAGUAGUUGCCCUGGCCCUGGCGCUGUGUGUCGUCGUCGCGAGUGCUGCUGGAGAUGAGUGUCCGCUAGCAUCGAAAGUGGCGUCCUGCUCACCAACCUGUCAUACCGAUAGUGACUGUACUGUUAUCGGUGGUAAAUGCUGUGUUAACGCAUGCAACCGCAAAUCCUGCGUCGAACGCAGCAAACUGAAGCAGGGCAACAACAAGUAUAGUUCCAGCUCCGGUUCAGGAUCGUACUGCGGCAGCACCAAGUGCAACUCAUUCGAGAAGUGCGGUACCGAUCCAGCUACCAAACGCCAAAAGUGUGUCCGUGCGUGA